AUGGCGGGCCUGAGGCGCGGCCGACCCGCCUGCAUCAGGGCAGCGUUCAGCUCCGCCAGCGCCUGGGCCGGCUUCGGGAAGAGGCAGAGAACCACACUCCAUCGCUUCAAGGCCAAUCACAAAAAGAACCACAUGGACUUAAUUGAAGGUAUCUGGAGAGAGUUUUUAGAUCCUUUCGAUGGCGAUUCAGAAGAUCCCCCCGGUCAUCUGGCCUCCAGCUUCAGCAACUGUUCUCCGGGUGGCGUGAACGGUACCGUGCCUUCCCCCGCACUCCGGUGCGGGAGUCCGGGAGAAGUUAGCUUAGAAGACCCUCUCUCGUCAAAAGCCCCAGACCUCCUCCUGAAAGCUGCCAGCUGGGGCCCCACAUCCCUGGAGGCCAACGACGUGGAUAUGCAGCCCGCCGAGGCCAGCAGCCCUGAGGCCCGAGGGCGGGCAGCCCGGCGCUCUGGGUCGCCGGAGGACCGGAGGAUGACAGAGGACCGGUGGCCCAGGGCAGCCGGCCCCGUCGUCCCGGUCGCGGGGCCCCCGGAGCCUGGCAGACACGCGCAGGGCCGAGCCAGAGCGGCGCGGCCGCCACCCAGACUCGGGAGCGAGAAGGACAAGGGGCCCAAGCUCACCCUCUCCAAGAGGAAACUGGAACUUUUACUUGCAGAGCCUGAGAAAAACAAGAGAAAGAAGCAGUAUGUGGCCUAG